GGCCUCGCGCAGUUUCACUCCACCACUUCGCACCUAUCCGCCUACUACUCACACACAUAUUUCAGCUCUAGAUUCUCCCUAGAGUCCACCACCAUGCCGCCAGCGAACACCACCGGCAACCCGCUAAGCGCGGGCUCGCUUUCGACCUUAAUGGCGGCUAGUCUACCCAAGGCUCCAUGCCACCAGGUCAAAAAUGCCUACGAAGCAGUAGCACUCGCAGUCCACGCUGGAAUGAUCGCGGUUGGGUUCAGGCUUAUUGGCCUCGGGGAGGACGAUCGGAUAGAAGCCCAGGCAGACGCGCAUAACCCUCAGCCGCUCCCAGAAGCAUGGAACGCUUCCUCAUCGUACGCCUUCCGCUAUGCCCACUCACAAUCCUCGAUGGAGUACGUGGUAAAGGUGAAUCGGCUUGGCGGGAAGGCCGUAGUUUUUGGCAUCGCGGUUGGCGAUGACAAGACCACAAAUUUUGACGUCACAGUUAAAGACUACAUCUCCGAAUCUUCAUUGCCGUUAUCAAUCAGCUCAGAGGCUUCGGCAGAGGACGCCGCAAAGAAAAUUCAAGACGUCUACAUCUCCGCAGGCCGCCUUAACGACCUGGGUGCGCUUCUCAAGAUUUCGGUCAUCCAAAAAUUAGCGCCUGGGUUACACAAAGAAGGUUACGAGGAGACGAACACCCAGAACGAUCAGCAUGCCAAUAGUUCUCAAGACCCACCGCGGGGAGACGUCCCACGAGAACCGCGACGACCUCCCAACAAUGACCAUGAGCCAGCCCGUCCAUAUCCCUUCAACGAUCCACUAGCGGCGCCUCCAGGUCCUCGACGACCCCUGCCAGAGCCCAUCCCAGGAUUCGAGGAUGAAUACGAGGUCAAUCGCCCUCCGCGCAGUAGAUUAAGAGACGACCGCUUCCCAGCAGGCUUGGGCCAUGACGAUCUGUAUCCACCGGGACUAGGUCCUCAUGAUCCCCUUCGACCAUACCUUGGCGGUGCCCCCUCAAGGCCAGGCGGAGUUGGUGGGGGAAUGCAUCCUACGUUCGACGAUCCUCUGUUUGGUGGUCAAGGCGGCCAAGGAGGAGGCUAUGAUCCUAUGGCACCACCAGGCUCGCGCUACGAUCCAAUCGGACCGGGCGGGGCGCCUCGAGACAAUAGAGGAGGAGGAACUCGAUUUCUAGGGGGUGGUGGCAGUGGAUUAGGGGGGCCUGGUGGACAGCCGCCAAAUCCUUUCAGUGGCUUCGGAGAUGGAGAUUUCCUUUAGGCGUGAUCAGGCGUCGAACACAAUAUGGAACAAACGAGUGGGACACUUUACGAUGUGCAUAAAGAAAAUCUUCUAGUGUAUUUAUAGUUCUGACCGAAAUUUAUGAGGGUGGAAGGAAUUCACAACGUGAGACGCCUUUAUCUUAUCUCACAGAGAGGUUAGGAAUUUACAACAUGUUUCUCCCGCCUAAGGAGGCUCAGCCCUGCGCCUUCUCGACCUGAAGGAUUCAGACGAGGGUUCUUAGACUCUAGAUGUUGGGACUCUAAAACGACCCUGUAGAUACAAUGACAAUCCUAGCUCCCAAAAUAAU